AUGGCUGCUCAGGGUGCGAAAGUUCCAAGAAACUUUAGAUUGCUAGAGGAGCUAGAGAAGGGCGAGAAGGGCCUUGGAGCUGAUGCUUGUUCAUAUGGUCUUACAGAAGGCGACGACUUAUACAUGUCCAACUGGAAUGGCACGAUUCUUGGUCCUCCACACGGCGUUCACGAGAAUCGCAUCUACUCUCUUACCAUGCACUGCGGAGAAGACUAUCCUGAUGUUCCACCAACUAUUAAAUUUACCAAUAAGAUCAACCUCCCCGCUGUGCAGGAUGAUGGCAAGGUUGUUAUAUUGUAUAAACCGCUAUUGGGAAAUAGAUGGACGCUGACUGGUGAUCUAGGUCGACCCUUCAAAGAUUGCUUGCCUUGCGAACUGGCAACGCCACUACACAAUGGAGACUGUCUUGACCGAGCUGAGAAAGUGAGUUCCUUCAAAGGCACCGCGAAGACGGAGGCUUACCUUAUUCAGAUACAUGGCUCAUCCGGCCAACAAAAAGCUUCCUCAACCCCAAGAGGGUUCUACCUAUGA